AUGACAAUAUAUACAACUGAAGUAUUCCCUAAUUGCCUUCCCUACAUUACAGAGCUCAGAGUACCUUCACCACAUUCAUAUCAGAAUUGCCAAAUUACCUGCAAAAAAACCAUUCAAAAUGAGAUUUACUACAGAAAUAUACCAAAAAUCCAAGCAUAUUCUGUAGAAACUCGAACGACAUUUCCACAACCACUUGAUCUCAAAGAGAAUCAGUUGUUGAAAUCAAUCAAAAAAUUGUAUAAAGCCGGGAAUUUCAAUGAAGCUUUCUGUUAUCUUCAGAAUAUGGUGAGCAGAGGUUACCAGCCUGAUUUAGUCCUUAGUACAAAGCUAAUUAAAGGGUUCUUCAACAGCAAAGAGGUUGAUAAAGCAGUACAAGUGAUGAAUAUGUUGGAAUCAAAAGGCGAGCCGGAUUUGUUUGCAUAUAAUGCUAUGAUCAGCGGUUUCUGCAAGGUAAAUAGGAUUGAAGAUGCUAAUAACCUGCUUAACAGAAUGAGGGCUAGAGGAUAUUCUCCUGAUAUAGUCACUUACAAUAUCAUGAUUGGUAGCCUUUGCAGCAGGGGGAAGCUUGAUAUGGCCUCAAGAGUGUUGGAAAAACUAUUGAAAGAUGAAUGUCAACCAACCGUUGUUACCUACACUAUCUUGAUAGAAGCUACUCUUAACGAAGACGGGACCAAUGAAGCAAUGAAAGUUUUCCAUGAGAUGCUAGCAAGAGGGCUCAAACCCGACAUGUAUGUCUACAACACCAUGAUUAGAGGGAUGUGCAAAGAAGGGUCAGCUGAUCAAGCGUUUUCCUUUGUUCGCAGUUUACCCUCCCAAGGUUCUCAUCCAGACGUGAUCUCAUACAACAUCCUCUUACGGGCGCUAUUAGACCGAGGAAAAUGGGAACAAGGGGAGCAAUUAGUGAGAGAGAUGCUAUCUAGAGGAUGCGAGCCUAAUGUUGUGACAUACAGCAUACUGAUAGGUGCAUUGUGUCGUGCAAGCAAGGUAGAGGAGGCUCUAACUAUGCUGAAAGUCAUGAUGGAAAAAGGAUUGAAACCCGAUAAUUAUAGCUAUGAUCCUCUGAUUUCAACAUUUUGUAAGGAGGGGAAAUUGGAUUUGGCAAUUGGAGUUUUAGAUCUAAUGACUUCUAAUGGCUGUUUGCCUGAUAUUGUCAAUUAUAACACUGUUUUGGCAGCUUUAUGCAAGAAUGGGAAGGCUGAUCUAGCUCUUGAAAUUUUUGAUAAACUUAGUGAGGUGGGUUGUGAUCCAGAUGCAAGCUCCUACAACUGUUUGAUAAGUGCAUUAUGGAAUGUCGGAGAACGAACAAGGGCUAUGAAAAUGGUAGAGGAUAUGUUUAAGAAUGGGGUUGAUCCUGAUGAGAUCACUUACAAUGCCCUUCUAUCAUGUCUUUGCAGAGAUAGGAUGGUCGAUGAGGCUAUGAAAUUACUAAGGGAUAUGGACAACUUUGGUAUUAAACCAACAGUUAUUAGCUACAAUAUGGUCCUACUUGGUCUUUGCAAGGAACAAAGGCUGACAGAUGCAGUUGAAAUGCUGGGACGAAUGGUAGAAAAGGGUUGUCAGCCAAAUGAAACAACUUAUACUUUGUUGAUUGAAGGAGUAGGAUUCGCAGGAUGGCGUCAUGAGGCUAUGGAAUUGGCAAACUCCCUAAUGGAAAUGGAUGCUCUUUCCGCUGACUCUUUCAAACGCUUAAGUAAGGCCUUUCCUAUUCUUUCUCCACACAAAGAACAUGCAGCCUAUGGAAUAUGAACUAAAUAUUUCAACAUUGUCUCAAUAUGUCUAAAGACAAAAUACUGUAUAUAAACUUUACUUCUUGAAAGCACCACAAUCCCAUACACAUGUUUAAUGUUGGCAGCUACUUCUGAAGACCUUCAAUGUCUGUUUGAAGUUUGCCAUUACUCUCUCAUAUGUCAGAACUAUUUCAGUAUAAGUGUAAAUAUUUUUCUUUCUACUUACAUCACAUGUAUUUCCCUGUAAAAGUUGUAUUUAAAAUUCAGAAGAAAACCUCUUCCCUCA